AUGAUGCGGAAUGCUUUUACUGCAACAACAGGUAUUCAAAAGAUGGACGUGGCGAAGGAUGGAUACAAUGGAAACAAGAACCUUCAAACUUCUAGCAAUAGACAUUUAAGAUCACAAUCUCAAUCUAGCGUAGAUGACAGUGUCAUUCUAAAAAAAUCUAAUUCCGAACACGUUACGAUAUCAAACUUGUACUUAUUGUUUACCGGUGAUAAAGAUAUCAGUUUUCUUUUGUUUAAAAUGGCUAAUUUACCGUCGCUGUACGAAUACUAUACAGGGGGUGGUAUAACGCAAGGGUUGUCGGUAGAUCAACCGCAUUUUACAUUAAAUAAUAAAAAUAUAUCUUUGUAUAGUGGAUCUAUGCACUAUUUCCGAGUGCCUCCUCAGUAUUGGAGAGAUAGAUUGAGGAAGAUGAGGGCUGCAGGACUGAAUGCUGUUCAAACUUACGUGCCUUGGAAUUUGCAUGAACCAGAACCAGGUAAAUACGACUUUGGAGAAGGCGGUACAGAUAUGCAAGACUUUCUAAACAUAGAAACAUUUUUGAAGACAGCCCAAGAAGAGGAUUUAUUUGUGAUCAUGAGAUCAGGUCCAUUUAUUUGUGCAGAAUUCGAAUUCGGUGGUUUACCCAGUUGGUUGUUACGACAAACAGGAAUUAAAUUCAGGACCCACGACAAAAAGUUUAUGGAACCUGUUACUAGUUACUUUAUGGUUUUACUUAGUUUAUUGUCGUCUUUUCAAUUUACCAAAGGAGGACCUAUCAUUUCAUUCCAGAUAGAAAACGAGUACGGCUCUACAAAGCAACUUGAUGCAAACCCCCCAUUUUUACCAGAUAAAAUUUAUUUAGAACAACUCCGACAGUUGAUGUUAGAUAACAAUAUUACAGAACUUCUUUUUACAUCAGACUCACCAACAAGCUCUGGUAGUUUAGGGUCAUUGUCUUUAUUAUUCCAAACAGCAAAUUUUGGACUGGGAGAUCCAACACCAGAUUUUGACAAAUUAAAAGAGUUACAAGGAAAUAAACCUACAAUGUCUACUGAGUUUUGGUCGGGGUGGUUUAAUCAUUGGUCUGAAGAUAAAUACAAUGGAAAUAUAAUCGAUUUUACUAGUACUCUGGAGAAAAUAUUGAAAUAUCCGGCAUCUGUUAAUUUUUAUAUGUUUCAUGGUGGAACAUCAUGGGGUUUUCUCAAUGGUGCUAAUAUGGAUAAUGUAGCAGAAGAAACUUAUCAUCCAGAUAUUACUAGCUAUGAUUACGAUGCGCCAAUAUCGGAGGCUGGUGAUUACCAACCUAAAUAUUUUGUAGUGAAGGAACUUAUAGAAAAAUAUAAUAAUAUAAAAACAAAGCUCCCACAUCCACCAAAGUUAAUCAAACGAAAAGCAUAUGCUUCUAUAGAUAUAAAAAGACAUUUGCCUUAUGAAUACAUUGUAUCAAAUGUGCCAGUAGUUAAAAGUAACAAAGUAGUGCCAAUGGAGCUUUUACCUAUAAACAAUAACAUUGGACAAAAAUACGGCUAUAUCAUAUAUAGAAAAACGAAUAUAACUUUACUAAAAGGUAGCAAAUUAGUCAUCAAAGACUACGUUUAUGAUACAAUCAAUGUCUAUAUCAAUAAUCAACUAAUGACUAACAAUUUUAAUGACAUAAGUAGUUUUGGAUAUUGGAAAACUAAAGAUGGUUCAAUCAUAUUCAACACUACUUACAAAAAUGCAACUAUAGAUUUAGUAGUUUGUAACAUGGGUAGGAAUAAUUUUGGAUCUUUGGAUCAAUUUUAUCAAUUUAAAGGUCUUAAAAGUGCAAUACUUUUGGAUGAAAAAGAAAUUAUUAACUGGGAAAUUUUACCGUUAGAAUUCAAGCAGUCAUGGAUUAAAGAAUUAUCUAGUUGGCAAGAUUAUGAUAAAAAUAAUAAAAGCGGUGCAGGAUUAUAUCAAGCUGAAUUAGUUCUUAAUGAUAUUACCGAUACUUAUAUAGAUAUGAGCAGGUGGAAAAAAGGGAUAGUUAUUAUUAAUAAUUUUGUUUUGGGAAGAUAUUGGACCAUAGGUCCUCAACAAUCUUUGUAUCUUCCUGCAACUUUUUUGAAAACUGGAGUGAACAGUAUUAUUGUUUUUGAAGAAUUUUUAUCUGAUAAUGCAAUACGAUUUUUAGAAAAUCCAAUCUAUUUUAAUAAUAAAUAA